AUGUCAAGAAAAAGAAAAUUUUCUGAUAAUACUAAUAAUAAUAAUAAUAAUAAUGAUGAACAAAAUAGUAAACAACGACAACGAAUGACUAAUUAUCAUCAGAAUAGUAUUUAUCAAACAACACAACAAAAAUUAUAUGAUGGUUCAAAAAAUUUCUUUCGAAAAUUAAAAGAUUCUAUAAACAACAAUGAAAUAAAAUCGUUUCCAGUAAAUUCAUGUUGUUCAUCAAUGCAUUGUACAAUACCAAUGGUAGCGAUGUGUGAUUAUUGUGAAAGACAAUAUUGUUCAAAUCAUCUCACGCAAUGUUCACAAUGUAAUAAGACAUAUUGUCUUUUUUGUUCAACAAAUAUAAACAAUGAAUUGUCGAUCUGCUUAACAUGUGUACAAAAUGAAUAA